AAAAAGAGACGACUAGACUAGUAGAAGACUAAUGAGUCUGCAACCCAUACCAUACGCUCAAUCUAACUUGUAUAAUAAGCUCAUUAGAUUUAAGGAUCAUAUGGAAUAGUCAAGAGAGAAUGGAUACGAACAAUACCAGAACUGUGAAAUUUGCAGCUCUUGCAAUAGUUUUAGCCGCCUUGGUGUUGAUGGAAGAACCUACGAGCAUUACCGCAUGUAACAUCAACGCAAACCAUCUGGAAAAAUGUCGUCCAGCCGUAAUUGGAGACAACCCGCCAUCUCCAAUCAAAGAGUGUUGUGAACUCCUCCAAGCCGCUAAUCUGAAAUGCAUCUGCAGAUUCAAGUCUGUUCUCCCCGUUUUAGCGGUUUACCCAUCUAAAGUCCAGGCUCUUCUGAGCAAAUGUGGCCUGACAACAAUCCCUCCUGCUUGCCAAGCUUUGAGGAACUGAGAUGGAGACAGACCGUUCUAGCAGACUUCACUCGAACUUGUCCUGCAACUGAUCUGAAGUCUUACAAUAUGUCUUAUGUUCCGAUCCAAAUAAAUUACAAACUCGCAGUAAUAAUCGCAGCUUGUGUAUAUAGAAGAACCUUGUUGUAUACAUUUAACAAAAACUUUAAGA